UUGUCAGUGGCCUCCCCGUAUUUACCCCUGGGACUUCGUCAACCGUUAGGAGAAUGGCUCCAGGCCCCUAAAAGGAGCUGCUCCUGAGAGGCCAAAAGUCGCGGUGCAAAAUAUCCUCACUUGGAUCUCUUCCCUGAUCCGGUCGCCAGCAGCACCGGGUCAUGCGACUCUCCGGGUCAGUCAGUGCAUCUUGACAGUGGUUUCCUAAAACUAUGCUCUAUGGAUAUACUCUUCAGAAUAAGAGGUGGCUUCGAUCUGGCUUUUCAGCUAGCACCACCUAAAGAAAUGUUUAUCAAGAACGCACUGCGCCAGGUGUUGAGCGACCUGACUACCAAGCUCUCCUCAGAUGCUCUUGUGCUCAGAGUUUGUAACAGCUCCGUGUACCUGUGGCCGAACAGCGAUGCAAACACGGGGGAGCUGACUGACAGCUCUGCCUGUAAGAACAUAGUGCGCUUGAUUCAAUUUGAUCAAGAGGAGGAUACAAAGCGAAAAGUCAUUAAAAAGAAAGACAAAAAGUUAACUGACACGCAACAGAUAGUCAAUAUAGACCUCAUGCUGGAGAUAUCGACCCCUCUGGGAGCUGUAACCCCCAUCCUGGAGAGGGAAAAUGAAGAGCACCACUACAUUAACAUGAGCUUGCCAAUUGACGCCGUUGUGUCUGUUGCUCCAGAGGAAACAUGGGGAAAAGUGCGCAGACUUCUAGUGGAUGCAAUUCUCAGUCAGCUGGUUGAUGUGGAAAAAUGCAUCCUGAGAUAUAUGAAAGGAACGUCUAUUGUGGUCCCCGAGCCACUGCACUUUCUAUUGCCAGGGAAAAAGAAUCUUGUAACGGUUUUAUUUCCAUCAGGAAUCCCAGAUGAUCGGCUCCAAGCCUAUCGAAAGGAGUUACAUGACCUCUUCAAUCUGCCUCAUGACAGACCUUAUUUCAAAAGGAUUAAUGCUUAUCACUUUCCAGAUGAACCAUAUAAAGAUGGCUAUAUCAGAAAUCCACAUACUUAUCUGAGUCCACCUAACAUAGAGGGCAGUGUGAUUUGUGUGGUCCAGGGCACCUAUGCUUACCAUCAUUAUAUGCAAGAUCGGAUUGAUGACAAUGGUUGGGGCUGUGCUUAUAGGUCCCUACAGACUAUCUGCUCAUGGUUCAGACAUCAGGGUUACACAGAGAGGUCCAUUCCCACACACAGGGAAAUUCAGCAGGCUCUAGUUGAUGCUGGCGACAAGCCAGCAACAUUUGUUGGAUCACGGCAAUGGAUUGGGUCUAUUGAAGUACAGAUGGUACUAAACCAACUAAUCGGUGUAACUUCGAAAAUACUGUUUGUCAACCAAGGUUCAGAAAUGGCUUCUCAAGGACGGGAACUAGCCAACCAUUUCCAGAAUGUGGGCACCCCAGUGAUGAUUGGGGGAGGGGUAUUGGCUCACACAAUACUAGGAGUCGCAUGGAAUGAAACCACGGGGCAGAUAAAAUUCCUGAUUCUAGACCCACACUAUACAGGUGCUGAAGACCUGCAGGUUAUGUUGGAAAAGGGCUGGUGUGGAUGGAAGAGUCCAGACUUUUGGAACAAGGAUGCAUACUAUAACUUAUGCCUUCCUCAACGACCUAAUGCUCUUUAAAUUAUCUUGGAGGCAAGACUAUGAAUAUAAAAGAGCUGUUCUAAUGUUAAUAAAAGCAUACAUAAUUUUAAA